CCCCCCCAGGUCUCCUCUCUCCAAUUCAAAAACCACAACAAGAAUGGGAUUUAACAGGGCGACGGGGGAACCUCAAAACCGGAGAAACGCACCAUCCCGAAUCGCAAUGAUUGAAUCCUAGGUCGGAGACCGCUAGAUGCAUAGCCCUGCCCGCCUGUGUCGGCGUGCCCGCUGCUGCUUCUUCCCCUUGUUCUUGUCGCCGGGUUUGACUCGGCAGCUGGCUGUUUAAAUGACUGCCAGGAUGUCUAUGAAAGAUCCCUCGUCCGCGGCUCAGUCGGCGCAAUACGUCGGCCCUUACCGUCUGGAGAAAACGCUGGGGAAAGGGCAAACGGGUCUGGUGAAACUGGGGGUGCACUGUAUAACUGGACAGAAAGUGGCCAUCAAGAUCGUCAACAGAGAAAAGCUCUCUGAGUCUGUUCUCAUGAAGGUGGAGCGGGAGAUUGCCAUCCUCAAGCUGAUCGAACAUCCCCACGUUCUGAAGCUACACGAUGUGUACGAGAACAACAAGUACCUGUACCUGGUUCUGGAGCAUGUCUCAGGCGGAGAGCUUUUCGAUUACCUGGUGAAAAAGGGCCGACUUACCCCCAAGGAGGCGCGCAAAUUCUUCCGCCAGAUCAUCUCGGCUCUAGAUUUCUGCCACAACCAUUCCAUCUGUCACAGAGACCUGAAGCCGGAGAACCUGCUCCUGGAUGAGAAGAACAACAUCCGCAUCGCUGACUUCGGCAUGGCGUCCCUGCAGGUGGGAGACAGCCUGCUGGAGACCAGCUGUGGCUCUCCUCACUACGCUUGUCCAGAGGUGAUCAGGGGAGAGAAGUACGACGGGCGCAGAGCAGACGUGUGGAGCUGUGGAGUCAUUCUGUUUGCACUGCUGGUGGGGGCGCUCCCGUUUGAUCACGACAACCUGCGGCAGCUCCUGGAGAAGGUGAAGAGUGGAGUGUUCCACAUGCCUCACUUCAUCCCUCCCGACUGCCAGGCCCUGCUGAAAGGCAUGAUCGAGGUCAACCCAGACAAGAGGCUGUCGCUGGAGGACAUUCAGAAGCACUCCUGGUACCUGGGGGGUCGUAAUGAGCCGGCCCCCGAGCAGCCCCCCCUUCGCAGGAUGACUGUGCCGAGGAUCGCCUCGCUGACCGAGCUGGACCCCGACGUGCUGGACAGCAUGUACUCGCUGGGCUGCUUCCGAGACCGGGGCAAGCUGACCAGAGACCUGCAGAGUGAGGAAGAUAACCAGGAGAAGAUGAUCUAUUACCUGCUGCUCGAUCGCAAGGAGAGAUACCCGAGCUGUGAGGACGAAGACCUGCCCCCCCGCAAUGACCUGGACCCCCCCAGGAAGCGCGUGGACUCUCCCAUGCUUUCCCGCCACGGCCGCUGUCGCCCCGAGAGGAAGUCCAUGGAAGUGCUGAGCGUGACUGACGCGGGGUCUCCCACCCCGCCUCGCAGGGCUCUCGAUACAGCCCAGCACAGCCAGAGGUCCCGCUCUGUGAGCGGCGCGUCAACAGGCCUCUCCUCCAGCCCUCUCAGCAGCCCCAGGGUCACCCCUCACCCCUCUCCCCGGGGCAGCCCCCUGCCCACCCCCCUGGGUACCCCGGUCCACGGGCCCCCCCCCCCGCGGGGGGAAGGCAGCAGUGGCAGUGGCAGCAGCUGCAGUGCGGGCUCGGUCACGCCCCCCUCCAGCCCUGGCGUGGGGGGCAGCAGCUCGGCUCACUGGAGGACCCGGCUGAACUCCUUCAAGAACAACCUGCUGGGGUCGCCUCGCUUCCACAGGAGGAAGAUGCAAGUCCCGACAUCGGAAGACAUGUCCAGCUUGACCCCGGAGUCUUCUCCAGAGUUGGCGAAAAAGUCCUGGUUUGGGAAUUUUAUCAGCUUGGAAAAGGAGGAGCAGAUCUUCGUGGUGAUCCGAGACAAACCGCUGAGCUCCAUCAAGGCUGAUAUUGUCCAUGCCUUCCUCUCAAUUCCCAGUCUCAGCCACAGCGUGAUCUCUCAGACCAGCUUCCGGGCGGAGUACAAGUCUUCCGGAGGGCCCUCUGUGUUCCAGAAGCCGGUGAAGUUCCAGGUGGACAUCACGUAUUCUGAGGGGGGCGCGUCCGAGAGCAGGAAAGAGAACGGGAUCUACUCCGUGACCUUCACCCUCAUAUCAGGCCCCAGUCGCAGGUUUAAGAGGGUGGUGGAGACAAUACAAGCCCAGCUUCUUAGCUCCCACGACCAGCCCUCUGUGCAGUCUCUAGCAGAACUCCUCUCUCCUCUCAUCCUCUCUCUCUCUCCUCUCUCAGAUGAGAAGAAUGGUCAGCUCUCUCGUGCUCCCAGCACUCCGACACGUCAGAACUCCCGGCGCUCGGAGGGCGAGGUGGCAGAGCUUCACCGCAGGGGGUCAGGCAAGGACAAAGCCCGCCUCCUGCCUUCCAAUGGGACGCAAUCCCAGCCGUAACCCGCGGCGACCAAGCGAGCGACCUAGCAACCAGGCAAGCAACCAUCUAACCAACCAAACGACAGACAGACUGACCGACAGGACAAUGGGACAAUGGAUUCACCCUCAGAGGUUCGAGCCAAUAGGAAUCGAAAGGGAAACGCCCCUCGACCAAUAGGAUGAAGGCUCCACCCAUACAGAUGUGCACCUGGGAGUGCGUCAACUGGAGACAGACAGACACAGACAGACAGACGGACGGACAGACUGUAAAACGACCAUCAUGUAACUUGAAGACAUAUAGAUAGGUAGAUAGCUGAGCCAUGCUCAAAGCAUUUGUCGGAAUUCUGUGUAGCUAAAACAAAAAAGGUUUCUUAGAGCUAAGCAGAUGGACAGACAGACCAGCAGAAGUCUUUUUGUCCAGCUGUUUGGAGGACAGAUGGUUUGACAGUGCCUGCUUGCUUCGGAACCGGACAGAGUGAGACGAUGGGUCUGACUACUUUAAUUUGGCUUGAAGGAGAUUAAGCAAGACCCCAUUUGGACGGACGGCAAAAACGAUUUCGAGAGACGACAGUUUGACGAGCAGAAACUCGCACGAAGGGAAACCGACCUUGAAGGGUGGAUGGCACGCAGUUUUUAAACCGAUCGAAGACGCCGCUUGGACGGCAAACUGCUUUCUUGUAAACAAAUGAACGGCUGCAGAAAAAAACAACACAUGAACUCAACUACAGAACAACACACACACACACACACACACACACACACACACAGAGGCACAUUCGUGCUUCCCUGAGCCAAAACUCCGGUUAGUAUUAUCGCAAAGAUGUGUGUAUAAAUACGAAAUCUACUCUAAUGGACAACUCAGAACUGCCGCGCUGAAGAAACUAAAACGGAAACGAAGACGUCCCAGAAUCCUCUUCUUCUCUUUCUAUUCAACCAGGAUGGAAAACAGAGCCUCCCUCUCGCGGGAAUGGGGGUGUGGAGUUUGUCUAUUUCACUGUAUUUGUCGCACGAUACCAUUGAAACCGUUUGCUUCUUGUUAUGCUUUGCUAGGGGUAAGAGGGAGCGGGUUCGAACUGGAAUGUACUCAGCAUAGCCUGAGGAAGAAGACUGACGAUUCAGCCCCUGUGUUUGUGUUAUUCCCCUCAACUACGGCGCUGCCCAAUGCAAUAUUCCAGUGGAGGAGCUGUACAUAGCUGUAUUCAGUCAAGGGUUUUACUGAAUGUUGCCCCAGGAGCUUUUUAGCCGUGGCAAAUGCAAGAAGUCCUCCAAGUUUGGUUUCGUUGAAUAGAGCUGUAGAACUGGAGUGGGGAUGAGGAGCCAGGAUUGUUAAUUGAAUCCGACUUUAAUUGAUCUCUGAACAGCACUGCUAAAGGCACGGCCGCGUGGUGAGCAGGGGGGAGUCACACAGUCUGGGGAGCGCAGGGGUCCCCGAGAGGCUC